UUGACACUAGAGGCGCUAAUUUCGUUUUUUGAUGACGAUUUUGAGAUAAAACUCUAAAUUAUCUGUAUUUCUAAAUAAAGAAAACCGAUUUACUAGUGUCAAGUUCAUGAAGAAUAGUUUAUGGUUUAUAGAAAUGUGGGUUUUAUGAACAUUAGGGUGUCUGUUCUUGCAAUAAAUGACUCCGAGAUGCAGAAAUAUACCUGCAUAGAGUGUGGUAAAGGAGCGGAUGAACUGUAUAAAGAUUUCUCAAGAGGCAUCAUAAAGAUAUCACACUGUGUUCACUGUGGCAAGGUGGUGGACAAGUAUGUCGAGUUUGACAAUGUGGUGAUAUUUCUGGAUGCUAUUCUCCACAAGACACAGGCUUACAGACAUAUACUGUUCAAUGUCGAAAUACAAUCCCACUGGAAACUGGCGGUUUUCUUCCUCUUCUGUGAUGCAUACACCAAGUGGGCAAAACACAAAGAUCAUGUCAACCAUGAAAACAACAUCAUCUUUUAUGCUGCUCUGGAGUUAUCAUUCUAUCACAUGUUUUUGGCAUCAAUUUUCGAGCUGGCGACCUUCCUUGUGAGCUUAUCAUUGUUGUUGUUUGCAAUGAACACCUGUUUCAAGAUGUGUAGCCAGAUAAUGCCCGUCUUAAAGGGUGUCCUACUUUCAAACAUGGGGAAAUUGUUUGUCGUGCCUGCCAUCAUAUGGGGACAGAGUAACAGCUUAUACUAUUUGGUGCUUACAAGGAUUUUCAUCUUCACUUCAAAUUCUCAGGCACUUCGAGUUUUGUGCCAGAUAGGUCAUCUUCCAGCCCUCUUGAUAGCAGCUUUCAUCAAUGUAGCCCAGCUGUUAGUUGCCUGGCAGGCAGAGAUUUUCAUCACGAAUACUUGGAGUGGAUCGGUCUUGUUGUUACAAAGAGGUUCAAUAUUGCCGACGCCUGUGAUCAUGGACACUGCCCAAAAUACAACAAUUUUAAACCAGUAAUCUGAUUCUGAAAUGGAGUUCUUUUCAUUUGUUGGACAAGAGAAGUGAUUGCUGCAUAUUUGAAUUUGAUGCUGAGGUCACUGCCAGAGCUCAUGACUGUGUCUUUGCUAUGAUUGAGUUGGUCACUUAGUCAACACUGAUUACUAAUUCUCUAUGAAUUGUUGUAUUGAACCUCUAAUACUUCAGUGAAGUGUUACUACAAGGCAUCUUACUGUACUUUGUCUUUUCAUGAAAGUGCCAUUUCAAUAAAAUGUUUUUAUUUCUA